UCGAUGUCGAACUGGCUCAUACAUACAACUAGUAUGUUGUCGCUGGCCAGCACACGGCUGAGGCAAUGAACAGACCCAUUAAAGACAAGUCACCGACCGGUAAAGUGUAUGGCUUGAGGUCAUACUCUCACGUAGGUGUUGUCUACUUUGACGAUGACAGAAAGAGAGGAUAUCCGUACUUCUCGACGUUCGACAACACCAGGGAGGAGCGUUCGAUGCCGAGAUCGUUUUCGUCAUCUGUGCGUCAAAUCAGAACAUUUUGGGAUAAGAGGAACGGCCGGAUCCGUCCGCCUGGGACCGUGUCCCCGAAUGACGUCGAGGGAAUGAAACGGAAAAAGAAAUGGGAAGAGUUCAUGAACGCCGCCUGCAAAAUGACACCUGAUUCCGGUCUCAUGAACUCGUCCCUGGAGAACGACUACUGCAAGGACUGGACGAACAAGAUGCGCGGAUACAUGAAUCUUGCGCAAUGCUGCGAAGCAGUAUGGCCACUUGUAGAGAAAUUCUUCGACAUGUACGAGAAGGGGCUAUUGCCGCGAGUCGACGGUGUGAGAUACAUCGACCUGCCGGGGAAAGUGGAAGGGAGACUGCCUGGGCAAUACUUCCUUAAGGACAACUCCGGCAAAAAAGUCAUGUUCCACUGCAUCAAGGCCAGGAAGGGGCCAUCAGGCGCAACGGUGUCUAUACCUGACUUGACGCCGACAAUCUUCAAGUUGUUCGGCGAUAUGACAGCGAGAGAGAAGCAAGUGGCGCUUCACCACAUGAUGCGUGGUGAUGUCAUCGUGACAUCACGUUCGGUACCUCGUGGUAGAUGCAACAUGGCGGACCUGGUUAAAUAUACUCGGCGUAAAAGAUAUAUGGUCCAUAUGUUCAACUACAUAUUGUUCAAGGCCGAGCGGAGGUCAAAAGAAGAGUGGAGCGCUGACUUUUUUAUCGGUUAUACGACCAUCUUGGAGAGGUACAGCAAAAACGGCCUGACGGACGAGAAAUGGACCGAGGAACGCGACCUCAUCCCUGACGACAAGGCGAGGAAGGUGCCGAGGUGUUUGGGCGCACCUGAUGAGAUUAAUGGUGAGAACGAUGCGGGACUGGAGGCAACCCAAGGCAUGUACAAGGAAACCCCGUUCCACCUCAAGUGUUUCAUCUACGAGGCAACCGACUUCUUGGACGACUUGAGAGCGGAGACCCAAGUCGAGCACCGCAAGGACCGGGACAUUUACUAUAAGCUCGGCAUGAAGAGGGAGAAAGUGUGGGCUUACUUGUUCGGUGACGCUCCACGGUCGGCGGUUGAUAACGAAUACGUCAUCAGGAAAAGUGAACUCGAGAUAGCAAUGGAAGAGUACCAUGGAUCGCACAUGGGUGCUUUCCACAUGUUUGUCGCAUGUUGUGAGCAUCUGUAUUUCAAUAUGAAGAAAAGAGCACUGUCAUGCAGGGACUAUGCGAACUUGGCACGUAAAGCGGGGAACUUCAACAACAUCGAUUGUGACGAAGACACGUCAGACUCCCACCUGGACGUUUCGUCGCGCGCGAUACGACGUUUGGCGCAGGGAGCACGUGCCGAGGAGCCGCAAGGGAGCACCAACGCUGAAGCGGAGAAGGCGAGGUCGAGUUUGGGAGCGACACAUGCUAGUGAGGGAGACGUGGAACAUAGAAUGAAUGCAAAGGGAGAAAAGAAUGGUGUGACAACGAACCCGGCCGAGCAGCGAACGCUCACGUCGAUGGACACAUAUGAAGAUGAAAACAUGGAUAUGACAACAGUCAUGCCGAAGCUCGUGCCAGGAAAACUGUUACCUCAAGGCUUUGCUCAAGACCCUUCAGUGCCAUACUUGCUGCAAGACAAGUACAAGGAGUCAUCGGAGGAGGACUGGGGUCAUCAUAUUCUCUGGCAUGAGGGCGUGUUCGAACCGUGCGUGUUUGCGGGCAAGUGGCAAAUGGCUGUGAAGACAAGAGACCGCGGGUGGGUCACGAAGGAAAGAAAGGACGCUGCGAUAUGGCACAGUGUGACGGAGACACAACUUUUUCGGCGGGUUGCACAAGAAAAUGUCGGUGCAACCAAGGUGGCUGUAGCGGCAAAGGCGAAAGCUUUGUUUGAGCAACUGCGUGCGAACAAACAACUAGAAAUUAGCACAAAGUUCUACGACCUUGCAUCAAGUGUGUCGUAUGGCUCCAUCGAUUGGAAAAUCAAACAAGCGUCAGCAGUGCAAGGAAUCGAUAGCAUCACCUCUCUGAACACUCAAGACGUCAUCACGUCUAACACCAUCGUUGCGAUGGCCAGAGGGGAUGCAGGCUGCGAAACGGACACACGUGCGAACACAUGUCACUUACAGAAUGAACAGUUGCGAGCAUGUAUUCAACAAAGCACACAGAGAAGCGCAAUGGGGGAUUCCACUAUGAUACACAAGGACGGCGACGACAUGGAGUCCGGCACAUUGACAGAGCCGCCAGCGCACGGGGUCAACGAUGGGGCAACAAUCGUUGGAUCUUUCGGGUCUCUUGUCGCGACAGCGGCGGCGAGGCAAGGCGUAUCUGAAAUGAUGGAGACCGAUGCGGGCCAGGAUGUUGAAAGCCGGACCAUGAAGGUGGCGCCAAAGCAGGUGGCGGCAACAACAGAGGAGACGAAGAAAGGUGAGGGAUCUCGCGAACACAUUUCCGUAAUAGAUAUGAGAUCGGAGAGUACGGGCGAGGAUAUGAUCCAAGAUAACGACCAGAAAGAUGACCACGCUGCACCACGAGUGGAAGGUGACGACGAAGAGGACGCGCAACGACCGAAACGGUCAACGAGAGUAGUAAUUAAGAAAACUAUGUUUGAUGCGUAGGAAAGCCUUUGACGGGCAUGGGCGUUUACACGUUUCAGGUUACAUUGAUGUGUCGCCACAAAUC